GCUCGUGGCCGCAACUUUUUUUCACAAGGGUCGGCCCGCCGCCAACGGCAACCAACAUGGCAGUUCAAGAGAACGGAUAUUUACCGACGGUGUCGCCUGGAUUGAGGAAGGCCAGCCCGGUGGCUAAGGAUGUGAAAAGUGAGAAGGCCCGGAGAAAGAGCCCUCUGCGAUGGACACUAGGGUUGGUAGUACGGUUAUGUAUUUGGUAUACCCUUCUCACGCCCUUUUUACGAUGCCCAUCACGCCUUGACGGGUUGAACGAGACCUCGCCCACGGUGUGCAAGCCCUAUUUGAUCGCACGUUCGCACGUGGAGCCCUAUGUGACUCCCUACUAUGAUACCUACGCCGCCCCCUACGUCGAUCAGGCGCGCCCGUAUGUGGAGGUGUUCAACCAGCGAGUUUAUACACCUGCCUCUAAUGUCGCUAAACACGGCUAUGAGAAGUACGGCGCUCCGGCAUGGCAACAAGCCCGGGGAUUUGGCGAAGCACAAUGGAAAGCACAAGUGACCCCGCGUUUGGAAGCUGCUCAAGUUCAAGCCCAUCAGUUGUAUUUGGGUCAAGUUGAUCCAUAUGUUCAACAAGGUGUUUCCCUGGUGUCACCUUACUACCAGAAGGCCAAUGGGGCGGCGCAGGCUGUGUACUGGAACCAAUUGGUGCCUUUCUACACUCGCUCGCAGCCUUUUAUUGGAAAGACCUACAGCACCGGUCAGCAAGUUUUGACUACCCAUGUGAUGCCUGGUGCACGCUACACCUGGUCAUCGGUGGUUUACUUUGCGAACAGCUCGUUGUGGCCUCAUGUGACAGGUCUCUACUCGGAGCAGGUCGAGCCUCAACUUGUCAAAAUUGGCCAGCGCCUGGCCAGCUAUCGGGAAGGCAAGCGCCUCCGCGCUGUCGUUGAAGAAAUGGACAGUUCUACUUCCGAACAGACCAUCUCAUCCACCGUCACGACCGCGAGGGUCGAGCCUCGUACCUCUGCAAGUACCACGACCACCACUGUGACACCUGAGACUCCCUCCGUUCAGCCCACCCUGUCCGCCGAAGAACAGUCCAAGCAAGCCCGUGUCCGAAUUGAGUCCGAUCUUCAGAGGUGGCAGGACAAGUUUGCUGUUGCAGCCGACAAAGGCAUUGAAGAUCUCGAAGAGCGCAUUGCAGACAUCGUUUCCGCCCUCAUCGCCAACAGCGCCAACAGCCACGGUCAAAGCCUAUGGACCGCCCUCCAGGCAGUCUCGACUGAAAAGAUUUCCUCCGUCAAGGAGCGAAUUAACGAGCUUGCGGCAGACCUGCCAGAGGAAGACGCCCCUGAAGCGGAGGAGGAGUCCCGUGACAAGUUGCUCAUCGACAUUCGCCAGUCUGCUGUCUCCGUCAGAGAUCGUGCCCACGCUCUCCGACAAUGGUCUCUAUCCUUCGAUGAGGAACUCGUUCGUCGGGUCUCUGCCGCUAUCAAUUCAACCCUGGAUGUCCUCGACAGCAUCCGUGACCUGGGUCUGCAGGAGAUUGGUACUCGAUGGGCCUGGAUGGACGAUGUGACUUAUAAAGACUGGGCUAAGUACCAUGCACUCAAGGUUCAGAUUGAUGACUGGCGCAAUGAGAUCCGCAAGGUCGGCAUGAACCACAAGUCAAUUGCUGAAGCCCAGUCUGUGGCCGCUGGAAUCCUGGAUAGUGGAAUGGAAGUGGCUGAGGAUACCGCCAGAGAACUCAUCAGGCUCAAGGAUGUUGGCAACUGGAAGAUUGCCGCUCGUGAGGUUAGUGAAAACUUCGAUACCCGCACUGAAACUCCGCCUCCACGGCCGAGACCAGUUGUGGAGCAUGAGGAAGUUGAAGAGAGCACGGACAAUGAUGAGAUUUUCGAAGAAGCCACCAAGAAUUCCCAGUCUUCGUCGACUAUUUCGCAGGAAGAUGACACUGAAGAGACCUCUGUCUCCACUCCUAGUGCGGAUGUUUCUGACGAGACCGAGCCUGUUAAAUCCGAAUCAAUCACAGAAGGCGAAAGUGCAGAGGACCAUGUUUCGGAUGCUACCUUCGAAGAAGAAAACUACACUAAUAUACCUGCUUUCGGCGUUGCCGCUGCCACUUUGAACACAGAGCAGGAGCCCAUCCUUGACGAUGACGAGCAGGAUGUUCUCCACAAUUUGGCUAACAAAGCUGGAGAUGUCUACUCCGACGCAAGCUCCGCUUUUGCCGAUUCAACCUCCCAGGCCAAGAUCCUCUAUGAAAUCGCCAAGUCUCAGGUCCUAGGCCAGAUGGCACAGUCGAGUGCUCCCGCUCAUGCUCAGGUUCUGUCUUCUAUCGAGUCUGCUUAUUCUGGCGCUGUGAAGUACGCCACUCAGGAGUUUGAGGCUCGUAUUGGCGCUGUCAAGGCUACCCCUACAUCCGCGGGGCCCCUGGCUCACAUUUCUUCCGUUGCGUCCUCGCGCUUGAGCGAAGGUCUCAGCCUGGCCUCGGAGCAGUUGGCCUGGCACACUGUCCCUGCUACCACCUCGGCUGGUUUCCAGCCUUUCGUGCUUGAUGCACAGCGUCGCUACUAUGAGGCAGUUGGUGUCGCUCACGACCACUAUACUGCCUUUGUGUCUACGGCAUCAGAGGCAGUUUAUGGCACUCCUACCCCGACCCCGGCUCCCUUGGACUUCCGAAACCUCGUUGAACAAGCUGGUUCUCAGUACGAGCAAGCUUCGUCCCUGGCUUCCGCUAGUCUCGCGGCAGUUGUCGCCUCGGCAAGCUCUAUGAUCUCCGCAGUGGAUGAUGGAAGGUCCCAGAGCAUCAUCGAUGAUGCCUCUUCCAGAUAUCAUGCUGCUCUUUCUGCUGCAUCUUCUUCUCUAUCUCUCGCAUCAGCCUCAGCUAGCUCCGCUAUCUAUGGCACAACGCCAGGGGCCAUGGAAGCUCUUUCUAGUCAUGCUUCGGAGAACUGGGAGUUGCUCGUCUCCAAGGCUAGCGAGCAGAUCUACGGCACCCCCGCGCCCUACCUGCAGCAAGUGGUUGACAACGUGCCUCAGCUCGACGCUGUCCACGCAAUUGUUUCUGAGCUGCUUGUUGGCAAGCAACCAUCCUUCACUGAAAGUGUCCUAAGCAAGCUUCGUGUUGCCUACGAGACCCCCUACCCGGCUGCAGCCGUGUCCGCCGCCUCGAGCUACGCCAGUGAGGCCUAUGAGGCGGUCUCAUCUGCCAAUGGCGCCAUUGUCUCUGACAUCCCCAGCGUGGAAGACAUUGUGCAACAGGCCAAUGAUCAGCUUCACGCUGCCGUCGCGGCUGCCAGUGUUGGUAUCUAUGGCACGCCCAAGGGCAGCUUCGGGCAGGCCACUGAUGCUGCAGCCGAUGCUUACUCGUCUGCCUCCGUACAGAUCAGCGGUGCUAUCUAUGGCAAGGAGCCUAGCUAUGUCGAUAUUGCCAAGGACAACAUUGAACAGAUCCAGUCCCGGGCUAGUGCCGCGAUCUACGAUGAAGAGCCCGGUGUGGUUGAUCUUGCUACUAGCCGCCUUGCUGCCGCCGUUGAGAGUGCUCAGGCACAACUCGCCGAUCUCGCAUCCAGUGCAAGCAGUGUUGCCUCUGAAGCUGUUGAGACCGCUGUGUCCCAUGCCGAUCAGAUCACCAGCAGCAUCAAGGGUUCUGUCUCGUCCCAGUCCAAGGACGAGCUUUAG